AGUAUUUUCUCUAGUUAUUACCUCAAGAGGAUCUUGGAAGACGUUGGUAUCACCGACAACAAGACUGUCAAUCAAAUCAACCUGUCAAACACCUGCUGGGGCUUCAUUAACAGUACUUGCUUGGCCUUCCUCGUGUACAACUGGACGAUUGCUGCGGCCCGAUACACCAUUGCCCAUGACAAGCGCGCAUCGCAUGCAGUUUUGGCCUUUAUCUACCUCUACUCACCGGCGUAUAACAUGGCGCUAACAUCGGAGACAGCCUACUUGGUGGAACUCUUCCCCUUCGCCGUUCGUUCUCGCGGUAUUACUAUUUUCCAGUUAUGGGGUCGCCUUGCUGGCUUCUUUAACCAAUACGUCAAUCCUAUUGGAAUUGCCAACGUCGGAUGGAACUGCUGGCUCGGCUUUGAGACCUCCGGUCGUACUCUUGAAGAAUUGGCAUUCAGUGCGUACAGUUCCUUACGAGGUCAUACAUAUCUGACAUUCUUGAAUUCGACAGUCUUCGAAGGCAAGGAAAUUAAGAAGCGACAAGUCAAGGAAACCGAGCAGGAAUUGGAUCAUCGCCACCUUGGCGCACCAAUGAAGUUCGAACCUGCUGCUGGAGGAGAGACUAAGCCAGAGGGUGAACAC